AUGUCCAAACCGCUUAUGCGUAUCCCCUAUACAGGGCCCCUCCCGCCUCCAUUGAUCGUCCCACCGUCCGCCGCGAGCAGACAAGGAGCCAUCACUGCGCUCGCGCAUUUCUUGACCUCUCACGUCUCUGCUCCUGCCGCAGGGAAUACGCCACCGCAUACCAACGGUGCCGGCCACUCUAAUAGCAAUGGCAAUAUCAAAGAUGCAUCUGGGAGGGAUAUACCUACAAGGAUCAGCGCGUCUGUUGCAGAUACAAAUAUAGCAUCGACACCCGCCGGGUCUGGCGCUGCAGGAGAUGUCCAUACGAACAAAGCCGAGUCUUCGGUGGUCGCCCGAAGUGCAUCCACCGGCAAAACCGUGCUUUUGACGGGCGCCGGAAUCAGCGUGGCAUCCGGCCUGGCCGACUACCGCGGCGAAAAAGGGACAUACACGCAAAACAAGAGCUUCCGACCCAUCUACUUCCACGAGUUCGUGGCCAGCCACGAAGCCCGCAAACGAUACUGGGCGCGGUCAUUUCUAGGCUGGCGAGGACUGCACCGUGCCGCACCCAAUGCCACACACUAUGCGAUCCGCGACCUUGGCCGUUUGGGCGUGGUGGACAGCGUGAUCACGCAGAACGUCGAUUCUUUCCACCACAUGGCCCAUCCCACACUGCCGACCAUCGAACUGCACGGCUUCCUGAGGAGCCUGAUAUGUUUGAGCUGUCGGCGGUUGAUGGAUCGAGAGGCGUUCCAGGCGAAGCUGGCGGCGUUGAAUCCCGCCUGGACUGAUUUCUUGCACGAACUUCUGCAAUCGGGAGCCCUUGAUACCGAGGAUCCAGCGGAACGUCGACGGAAGGGGUUCAGAACAAACCCCGACGGUGAUGCCGAUGUUCCUGGCGCGCCGUAUACCAUGUUCAGAUAUCCCGCUUGUCCGCAUUGCUUGAAGAGGCCGCCCAUCCUGAGCGAUGGGUCCAAGGGCCUUGUCGAUGUCGAUGCCGAUGGUGCUUGGGUUCCGCCCGUCAAAUCGUCGGCUAGUAACGGUGGAGGUGGAGGUGGAGGUGGAGGUGGAGGUGGAGGUGUCGGCAUCCUCAAGCCGAAUGUUAUCAUGUUCGGUGAAUCCAUCCCGGCGGCUGUCAAGGCUGCAGCUGAAGCCGCCGUUGACGCAGCCAGCAAGAUCCUUGUCGUGGGGUCCUCGUUGGCGACGUACUCGGCCUGGCGGUUGGUUAAGCACGCGCAUGAACGAGGUAUGGGCAUUGGGAUCUUGAAUAUGGGCGGGGUGCGGAAUGAAGAGACUUUCUUUGGAGAGGUGGCGUCUCAUGCGGGUCAUUCUCAUUCCACGAGCUCGGAUUUGACUGCAUUGUCGGCUGCAGAUGCAAAAGCAGGUGCAGGGCAACACACAGGCCAGAACGGCAGCAACGACGGCUGGAACUCUCUCCGAAGAGACCUCGUCCGUGCCAGCCUACCUGCCGAAGAGAUCUUGCCUGGAGUAGUGGACUACAUCCGCAGUCAACGGAACACGUGA